AUGCACUUCCCCUCGCUCUUGGACGGUGUUCGGACUAAAUCCGUCUGGGGGUCGGGAAAUUUGCCUGAAGCAGACACUAUUCCUGUUUCUUUUCCCUGGAUUUUCAAUAAUGAGGACACCGUAGAUUAUUUAACCAUACUUCCGUAUCUGCUGCCCAUUCUCCAGAUUAUCCCUGCUGUUACUUCCCCAGUUCCCCGAUCCCCAUUCCUCACUGCACUCCGCAAUGCUCCUGUAUCAACCUCCCAGCGUGCACAAACCAGUGCUGUCUCAAUUUUCCCUCUGCGCAAAGUUUGCUCAGUAACCGGAGGCGCACGCGGAAUCGGCCUAGAAGUGGCCCGGAGUCUUGCCGAGGCCGGUGUUGAUGUAGCCUUGGUUUACUCCUCGACGACCGAUGCCAUUGAGAAUGCAGCGAAGAUCGCCGCAGACACAGGGGUCCGCGUCCAAGCGUUCCAAUCGGACGUCACAUCAUGGAACGAGAUUGCGGCGAUCAUAGAGCGUCGUUUGGAUGUUGCGGUGGCCAACGCUGGAACGUGUACCAACUCGCCUGCUCUAGAGUACACGGAGGAGACUUGGCAGCGGGAAAUUAGAGUCAACUACGAUGGGGUGAUGUGGACUGCCCAGGCUGCGUAUAAUGGGAAAUUGAACCUAAACUAG